AUGGUGACUCAGGAAGUGCCACACGUAUAUAGAUGUCUUGAAGAAGCACAUUCAUGAGAUGAAUUCAGUACAUCCUAUAAAGAAGUACUUAACAUUUGUAAUAUGAAAAAGUCUGAAGUUUCUGGAGCCAUGGCUAAAGCUGACAUCAAACCGAAAUCUAUACAUUAUGCCAGAAAAUGGUCGGAUGAUGUAGAGAACUUAUACAGAUUUCAGCAAGCUGGAUACAGAGAUGAGGUUGAAUAUAAACAAGUAAAACAAGUUGAUAUGGUAGAGUGUUGGCCAGAAACUGGAUUUGUUAAGAAACUUCAGCGAAAGGACAAUACGUUCUAUUAUUAUGAUAAGCAAAGGGAAUGUGAAGACAAAGAAGUCCAUAAAGUGAAAGUUUAUGUUUAUUAG